CGAAAAGAUGGCAAAAAAAGAACAAGGACGAAACGUUGACAGGACUACUCAUGAUGGUGGCAGUGAUGGUGGUGGGAGUCCUCGGUGGGUGGGAGUGCGCGGGGCGGUGGUGUUUGCGGUGAUGGCUGUGCUGGUUGGGAUGAGCGCGUGGCCGCUUGUGGUGGAGCUGAUGGAGGGUAAGCAGCAAGGCAGAGGCCAGACGGCAGCGCCACCUGCUGCGCCCACCACAACGCGGCCCUCGCACGCUGCGCACGACACCACACAAGACUGCGCAGGUCACCUCGCCAGAGCACUGGCAGCUGCACAGAAAUCAAUGCAGCACAGGGCGGUGCUGGAGCUCAACCAAUGCAUAGAGCUGGAACCCGUGGAACCAAACACAUUGUUUCAAAUCGGCGAAGUGUUUGUGAUGCUUGGCGAAUAUGACGAAGGGCUGGAUUGGAUCUCUCGCGCCACCGCACUCGACCCAGGCAAUUACCACUUCCUCACCCGCCUCAUCGACGUCGCAAACAAAGCAGGGGAGCCCGAGGCCGCUGUGCAGGCUGCGGAGCGCGGGCUGGAAACGCUGCUGCAUCUUGACAGUGACACGUGGCACCGCACACUCCUACAGACCGCAGACGCCCCACCAGAGGACAUGCAGUGGCUCCUCGACGAAAGCGCCGAGGUGCUGCUGCUGCUGCGGUCGCUGGUUCGGCUGUAUGAGCAGGUGGAGUGGAUGCCUGCAGCCAACGCCGCCCACAAGAUCCUCUCAAAGCUCUUUCCGCACGACACACACGCGCAGCAGCGGUUCGCAGACUUCUCAGCAGGCAUCGGGCUGAUUGGUCAGAGUAUCAAUGUGUCGCUCGCCAGCUUGCAAGCUGAGUAUGAGAGGCAGUACCCACGCCAUGAUGCAAGACAGCCUGUUGUGGACCAUGCGCUCGUGCUUCUCGGUGCCAGCCUUGAUGCAAUCGCCAUCAACAUCGCACGCAAACUCCUCCUUGUCGAGGAUGCGCAGGUGUUACAGUUGAUGUCUGACGUGUGCGGUCACGACGUGACCGAUCUCUUAUCUGCGCAUCAAAUCCCAUUAUCCCGCGCCAUCCAUUUCAUGGAGAGCUGCAUUGCCAAGCAAGAUGUCAUUGGCACCCUCAUCAAAUUGGGGGCAAAGACAACGGGAGUCUCGACGGAUUUUCUGUUCACACCGCUGCACAGCGCCGCUGCCAUCAGCGCAAACGCUGUCAUCGACACCCUCGUACAGGCGAAUGCGGACAUUUCCGCCACCAACACGCUGCACCAGACGCCGUUUCACGCCGCCAUUAUUCGCGGGCAGGAAGAAGGCGGGAAAAAAGAUUUACUAAACAUGAGCGCGGCAAACCGUGCAGGCCCGACAGAUUCCAGCGAGCAGUGCGCGGACAUGGUGUGUUUGCACCGGUGGGCCGGGUUUGAGUGGCUGCUGGACAACGACGAGGACUGCACCCGCCCCGAGCCGCCAUACACCAUCCACAAGCUGCCCCAUCGCCCGUCCUCCACGACCGUUGGCGGCGGCUGGAAGAUCAAGCGCUCCGUCUCCAGACAGCCGGCCACGUGUGACUUUGACGUGGUGGAUGCGCGUGUGUUUACACAGGAGGACUUCCUGCUUGACUUUCUCUCCCUCCAGCGCCCGCUGCUGGUCAAGGGCGCCCUUAACAGUCACCACUGGGACCGAGUCAGAGCAAGCAGAUGGACGCGGGAGAACUUUGCUUCGGAGUUCAGAGACACGGUGUUUCAGCGGACGAUCAUUCCAUAUGCAAGUGCGUUUGGAAUGGAGGCAAACGAAACGAGCGUGCUGUCCUUCUUGGAGUACAUGGAGGACCACUAUGCCGCUUCCAUCAAGAACAUUGAAGACAUCGAGCUGCCUGCGUACAUUUUCGCGUCGCUGCCAACGCAAUCACCGUCAACGAAGACUGGUGGCGAAGAUGGCGAAGAUGAUGGUGGGAAUGGUGACGAUAAUGACGAGGACGCUACUGCCAGUGCCAGUGGCAGUGAUGGCAUUCACAGACUGGCGUUUCGUGACUUUCAAAUCCCAGAGUGCAUCGGCCCACAUGUGUCGGAGAUUGAGACGCGCACGAAACAGUUUUAUCUCGGACCGGCCGGCAGCGGCGCACCCAUGCACGUGCACAGCGGUUCGUGGAAUGCGCUCGUGUAUGGGCGGAAGCGGUGGUUUCUCCUGCCGCCACCGCUGGCCAUCUACUCCAAACAGCACCCGCACGACUUUAUCGACGAACAACUGCCCGCACUCAGGGCGCGUGGUGCUGUAUUGGAGUGCAUUCAGGAGAGCGGGGACGUGGUGUUUGUGCCUGAGAUGUGGGCGCACGCUGUACUCAACGAAGCAGAGAGCAUCGGCUUCGCUUCGGAGUUUGCAUGGGGCGGGAAUGCGUUCUCCCUCCCCGCACCUGAUGACGUCGAUGAUGGCAGUGAUGGUGAUGAUGAUGGUGAAGAGGAGGAAACGCAUGGUCGAUGA